CUGGUGUGGGAGGGCCGCUGGAGGGUGAUUCCACACGAUGUGCUGCCCGACUGGCCCCCCAACGACUUCCUCCUCCACGGACACCGGCCGCCCAUGCCCUCGUUCCGUGCGUGUUUCUACAGCCUCUUCCGCCUGCACACCGAGACCGGCAACAUCUGGACACAUCUGUUGGGCUUUGUCUUCUUCCUGGUGUUCGGGGUGGGCUACAUGCUGAGGCCCAACAUCAACUUUGUGGCCCCUGUGCAGGAGAAGGUGGUGUUCGGCAUGUUCUUCCUUGGAGCCAUCCUCUGCCUCUGCUUCUCCUGGCUUUUCCACACCGUCUACUGCCACUCCGAGAAAGUCUCACGCACCUUCUCCAAGUGAGU